AUGACCAAGUAUUGUUUAUGUAAUAAAAAAGUGCUUCUCGUUAUUGAUGAUGCGGAUCAGUUAAACCAACUGGAAGUAUUGGCUGGAAAGAAAGACUGGUUUGGUUUGGGGAGCAGAAUCAUUAUUACAACCAGAAAGGAAUGUCUCUUGAUUGAACAUCUCAUAGAGAAACGAUAUCAGCUCUUGGGAUUACAGGACAGUGAAGAUUUUCAUCCCCCCAGAAGGUAUGAGCAUGAAGGAGAUUUUAACUUGCAACUGCAUAAGAAGCUGCCUGAUUCAAUCGAACAUCGAAAAGAUGAUGAACCCACUAAAGUUCAGUCAAAGAACGAUGAACAAGUUGGCAAAGUUCCCAAUGCUGUUGAAGAUGGUGUGAACAUGGAUUCUCCUCCUAAUUUCAAGGUGUGUGUUGGCUGCAAGAGGAAUAUUGAACAUGGGGCACAUAAAAAUUGGAAAGGCACUCAUCAGUGGCAUCCACAUUGUUUUCGCUGUCAUGCUUGCGAUCUUCCAAUUACUGUUUAUAAAUUUUCGAUGCAUGAGAAUCAUCCUUACCACACGCUCUGCUACAGGGAGCGGCAAUUACGAUGUGGUGUUUGUGAAAAUUUAAUCCCAUCAAAUUCAGAUGGUCAAGUGAAGACUAUGGUACAUCCUAUCUCGCUACAAAGAUCCUGUCCCUCUCAUGAGGACGACGGAACUCCUAGGUGUUGUGGCUGUGCAAGAAUAAAGCCUAGGAACACCAUAUAUUAUUUACUUAAUGAUGGUCGGCAUCAAUGUCUGGAGUGCCGGGACUCGGCGAUUACUGAAGCUGACCAAUGCGAAGCCCUUUUCCUUGAAAUACAAGAAGUGUUUGAUUUGAAAUUUCAAGAGAAAAAUAUUCUACUACACUUUGUCGAUAAAACAGAAUUCUUAAAAGUGAGUAAGGCCGCUGUGGGAGAAAAGUAUGGUGGCCAUAGUAAACAGUUGGUAAUAGCUAGAUUUACUACCAACAUCAAGAGAUCUAUUUUAUUCAGCUUGAAGCGCCCCGAAGUAACAGCAAUUAAGAUACUGAGUGGUCUUCCUAGGCUGACGACAGGGUUCCUUAUGGCUCAGACUAUGAUGCUAGCAUGGCUAAAGGUUAAAUGUUAUCGAAUUCGAAAUAUGAGCCCACAGGUUAAAAUUGAUAUGAGCCAAGUGUUGGGCCAUAUGUGGCUGGAAUUUGUGAUGAAUUCUGUGUCAGACUUCGAGAAGAAGCUUGGUAACUUUUAUCAACGCCGAAUUGAGUCAGCUAGUGGAGAAGGGUUCAGGUUAGGUAGAAAAGCAGUACUCAAGCAUGGUCUAAGACAGACCGUUGACCAUAUUGCGAUGACAGGAAGCUUUCCACUUGUAUAG